AUGUCGCCCGCAAGUGUUGUCGUAACUGGAGCCAACCGAGGAAUCGGACUGGGACUCGUUCAGCAGUUCGUCAAGGAUAAGAACAUCCGACACAUAAUCGCCACGGCCAGAGAAGUGGAGAAGGCUACUGUGAGAGUUCAUCUCAAUUCACUAAACAUAUAUAGUUUUUCAGGAGCUGAAUGCGAUCAAUGAUCCUCGUGUUCACGUCCUUCCGUUGACUGUCACGAGCGACGAAUCCAUCGACACUUUAGUUUCGAAAGUCGGUGAGAUUGUUGGCGACAAUGGUCUGAACCUUUUAGUUAACAAUGCUGGAAUAGCACUCAAGUACAACAGUCAUUCGGUACGUUCAUCACUGAUUUAAUGUCGCCAUACGUUCUCGUCGUUUCAGAAGCCAAACCGUGCUCUGCUCACCGAGCAACUAGAUGUGAACACUGUCAGCGUAGUGCUUCUCAGCCAAAAGUUCAUUCCGCUUCUGACCAAGGCUGCUGCCAAGGUCUCUGGCGAUGAGCUUUCCGUUUCUCGAGCUGCCGUCGUCACAAUCUCUUCUGGAGCCGGGUCUAUUACUCUGAAUGACAUCGGCUCCGGAUGGUUCGACGGUCUCGCCUACAGACUGAGCAAGUCUGCAGUCAAUCAGUUUGCCAGAACAUUUGCGAUUGACUUGAAAGAGGAGCACAUUCUGGCAGUGAACUUCUGUCCAGGAUGGGUGCAAACCGAUAUGGGAGGGCAGCAGGCUCAGCUGACAGUGAGUGGAAUACGUUUGAACGGAAAGAGGGAAAAGAGAGAUUUGCAGGUGGAACAGUCGACGAGCGAACUGGUGGCCAGCUUCGAUAAACUUGGAAACUCUCACAACGGAGGAUACUUCCGACGGGACCUCGCCCCAAUCGAGUUCUAA